AUGAAGUUCUCUGCUGUCACCCUUCUCACCCUUGCCACUGGCAUCCUCGCCGCCCCCGUCGCCGAGGCCAACUACGACGUCUCGUACUCCAACUACCAGGCUCCCAAGGCCCCCAAGCCUCACUAUGAGAAGCCCAAGCCUAAGCCUCACCACGAGAAGCCCAAGCACGAGUAUCCUGCUCCCAAGCCUCACCAUGAGAAGCCCAAGCCCAAGCCUCACCCCAAGAAGCCUGAGUACCCUGCUCCUCACCACGAGAAGCCCAAGCCCAAGCCUCACCCCAAGCCUCACUACGAGAAGCCCAAGACUCCCAAGUACCAGGCUCCCAAGCCCCACCACGAGAAGCCUAAGCCUAAGCCUCACCCCAAGCCUACCUAUGAGGCUCCCAAGCCCGUGAAGCCCAAGUACACCAAGCCCAAGGCCCCCAAGCCGCACAAGCCUGAGUACACCAAGCCCAAGUACGAGGCCCCUAAGCCUGCUCCUAAGCCUCACAAGCCCGAGUACACCAAGCCCAAGGCUCCCAAGCCCCACAAGCCUGAGUACACUGCUCCCAAGCCUCACCACGAGAAGCCCAAGCCUCACCCCAAGCCUGAGUACAAGGCCCCCAAGCCCGCUCCUAAGCCUCACAAGCCUGAGUACACCAAGCCCAAGACCGAGAAGCCCAAGCCUGCUCCUAAGCCUGAGUACAAGGCUCCCACCUACCAGGCUCCUCACUACUAG